UUACACUUUUUAGCACAAUUUUCCUUCUAGGAAAGCAAGUAAGAAAGAAGCGAAAGAGAGCCAGACAAACCCACCAAGCAAGUCCCCUCGCUUCCUCUUCGGUCUCAGGUGGAGGGAAGCAGAAACAGCGAGCAAGCCUCAAUUGCUGACACCGUGUAAGAAUUCUAUACGCAUAUUUUCUCAGUCGCUUCGACUCUCUCUUUCGAUUCCUGUAAAGCUCAAAGUUUCUCACUGUUUUAUUUCAUUUCCGUCGCUUCCCAAUCUGAUACGGACAUUUCAUGCCCGUUCAAAAUCUGGAUCUCCCUCGAAAUUUCCCAUUUUUGCACAUCCUACUCUUAAUUUUUUAGCACCUUUUCUCAAAUACUUGGUAUGCGUGCCAGUGAUUAGGGUUUUCUUAAAGCUGCCCUGGUCGGUACAUCUACUACUUCUCUUGAAAAGUUAGGGGGUUUUAAGGUUUUGGGUGCUCACCCUUUUGGUCUAAUGCUUUAAAUUGGCUCUCAAAGGUUUGGAUGUUUAAGGGAAUUUUUUUAUUGAGAAAUGUUUAAGGGAAUUUGAUCCUUCUGUUGUUGCUCGGGUUUGGGGGGUGUCUUUGAAAUUAACUUGGGCUUACAUUUCUCACUGGGGUUUAGGUUUUAUUUUUGUAAUUUGAGGCUAUGAAUAGAGAAAAUUAGGAUUUUGCUGUUUUUAGAUUUCUGGUUGGACUAAAUACAUUAUAUAGCGAUGUCUGUGAACAAUAAUAAUCCACCUAAGAGCCUUGGGGCCUCUUCCUCGCCCUUUGGCAAUGCCGGUAUGUCCACAAACCCUUCGUAUACACAAUCACAAGCUCAAGCGCAAAUUGGGGCUGCCUUUCAAAAUCAGUUUCAGCUGUCCCAAGCGCAGGCUAUUGCACAGGCGCAGUCGAAGGCCCAUGCCCAGGCUCAGGCGCAAGCAGCUCAUGCCCAAGCUCAAGCCCAAUUCCAAGCUCAGUUACAAGCUCAAGGGCUGUCGCUCAACCAGGGCCAUGCAACCGGCAUUGGUAAUUUGGGUACAUCUUCACCCUCCAUGUCAACACUCGGUAAUUCGAGCGCUAAGCGGAUGCCCCAAAAACCUCCAAUCCGCCCUCUUGUUGGUUCCCCUAUGAACACAGUUUCCCCAUUGAAAGCAAUGGAACUGUCAUCUGCUGCUCGGAGAAAGAAGCAGAAGCUUCCUGAGAAGCAGCUACAAGAUAAAGUGGCAUCGAUUCUGCCCGAGUCUGCUUUGUAUACCCAGCUUCUUGAGUUUGAGGGUCGUGUUGAUGCUGCUCUUUCAAGAAAGAAAGUUGACAUUCAGGAGGCCCUUAAAAACCCGUCUUGUGUGCAGAAAACCCUUCGAAUUUAUGUUUUCAACACUUUUGCAAAUCAGAUUCGCACCAUUCCAAAGAAGCCAAAUGCCGAGCCCCCUACUUGGACGCUUAAGAUAGUUGGGAGGAUCUUAGAAGAUGGGGUGGAUCCUGAUCAGCCUGGAGUGGUCCAAAAGUCAAACCCCUUGUACCCAAAGUUCUCAUCUUUCUUCAAGAGAGUGACCAUUUCCCUGGACCAGAGACUAUAUCCAGAAAAUCCUUUGAUUAUUUGGGAGAACGCUCGAUCCCCUGCACCUCAUGAGGGCUUUGAGGUGAAGAGGAAAGGAGACAAAGAAUUUACUGCAAACAUACGGUUGGAAAUGAACUAUGUGCCUGAGAAGUUCAAGCUUUCACCGGCUUUGAUGGAGGUUCUUGGUAUUGAGGUUGAUACCCGACCAAGAAUAAUAGCUGCAAUCUGGCAUUAUGUAAAGGCUAGAAAGUUGCAGACCCCGAAUGACCCCGCUUUCUUUAAUUGCGACCCACCUCUUCAAAGAGUUUUUGGGGAAGAGAGGAUGAAAUUCACCAUGGUUUCUCAGAAGAUUUCUCAGCAUUUGUUUCCUCCACAGCCUAUACAUUUGGAGCAUAAGAUCAGGCUUUCAGGGAAUAGCCCUUCUGGAACUGCAUGUUAUGAUGUGGUUGUUGAUGUGCCUUUUCCAAUUCAGAGGGAAUUGUCUGCUCUAUUGGCCAAUGCGGAGAAGAACAAAGAAAUUGACACAUGUGAUGAAGCAAUAUGUAGUGCUAUAAGAAAAAUUCAUGAGCACCGUCGGAGGCGGUCAUUCUUCCUUGGGUUCAGUCAAUCACCAGUGGAAUUCAUCAAUGCGUUAAUUGAAUCUCAAAGCAGGGAUUUGAAGCUUGUAGCUGGAGAAGCAAGUCGUAAUGCUGAAAAAGAGCGCCGGUCAGAUUUCUUCAACCAACCAUGGGUUGAAGAUGCUGUUAUCCGUUAUUUGAAUCGCAAGCCUGUUGCAGGAAGUGAUGCUCCUGGAAGCACAUAAGGAGGAGAUUGCUUAGCUGUUGAUGGGUCAUGUGUUUACCAUUCGUUUUGCUCAACAGCUGAAGAUUGUUUCCAUUACCGAAGAAGCAUCACAUAUAGAUUGCUCUAUUGUUGGUUGGAGUAGGAGCUGCUUGCUUGUAAAAAUAGACAAUAUGUAGCUUGUUUUCGCACUAAUUGUUCUUGUUAUGCUGCUGUUUAGGCUUGAUGAACAACAUAAAGUUAGAAAUGAUGUAUUCUUUGCUGCUUUGGACCACCUGUUUUGGUUAAUUUCUGCCAUCAAUGACGAGAAAGGCAUAGCUAACAACA